AUGGGCUCCUCUUACUCAAGCGACAGCGAUAGCGACGACUCGAUCCCCAGAUACGGAGGCUACAAGCACUCAAACCCAAACUACGAAGACUUUGAAAUGUGGAACUCGGUCUGCGAAGACGCCGAGCCAGAUUGGGAGUACAAGGAAGCCCAGAGAGAAGAAAAGAGAAGACAGAAAAGAACAAAAAGGAAGCCGCCAAGAAGGAAAAGGAAAAGAAAGAGCAGGAAGAAAGGAAAAGAGAGAAACAGAUCGAAGAGAAAAGAUUAA